AGCGACCGAGGUGACCGGCGAGGUGGUCGUGGUCGCGGACGAGGAGGACAUGGUGGAAAAGAUCGUCCAGCUCUUAUUGAAUCAGCUGGAAUCUUUUCUGAAGGAUUGAGCGGUGCUGACCCUGGUCAUCGGAAAAUCAAAGAUGAACCAGAUGUCAGCAUCACUCGAGUCAAAGAAGAGGUGAAAUCUGGAACAAUGCCUGGUGAAGGUUAUCAAAUCAGUUAUGAAGAAAUCUGGGAAAGUGAUGAGGAAGCAGAUAUGCAAGAGCUCAGCGAGCUUUUCAGAGAGGGCUUCAUCUCCGAUUUGAAACAUGGAACUGUGCUGCCGCAUGUGCUUCCGCUCGAACUUCAACCACAGUUUGUUGAUCUCAUGCAUAAGGAUGUGCAACAAGGGCUUUUGGAUGAAGAAGAUGAAGUGAAGGCUGAGAUAGAGUUGGAUAUCAAAGAUCACAUCUUACCGUAUGUUGUUUGUCUUGAAUUUACAAAAAAAGUCGAGAAAGUCACGAACAUCAGUUUUGUGGCGCACCACUCUUCCCAGUCUUUCCCAUACCAAUAUCUAAGUUUUGUUCACUGUGAACUAAUGCGACGAAAAAAUUUCACCCACACAACAUUUGAAUCGGGGGGGGGGAUCUUGUUUGUGUUUGGACGUUAUAAAUAG